CGGGGUGCCAAUAGAGCCGUCCCUGGCUCGUCGACAAUCGCCGAAUGAAGCCGAAGAGGUCUCGCCAAUCGCAUUGAUCCAAAGUCCCACGUCGUUGUCACACAACACUGUCGUACGUCGCACACUGUCGGUGCUCUUUGGCAUUCUUGUGUUUAGUGGGUUCAAUUCUGGGACCAAGCGAGCCUAUUCUGCCUAUCCGACAAUUUUUUGAGCCGAUGUCCACGUGGUUGUCGAAAAACAGUGUCAUACCGCAAGCGUCAUCCACACGCUCCUGGAUAUCGGCCGUCAUCGAAUUCAUUUGGGAUCAAGUGAGCCUGUUCCGCCUUACCAACAUGCCACGAAGCAGGAGGCGUCACCGGUCUCGUAGCCAUUCGAGAACACGUUCACAUUCUGUAGGCUCCCCACAAUAUGAGCAUAAACGCAGACGUAUCGAUUAUGAGAGUCCACAGAGCAAAGGAACCUAUAGCGGGGAGCGAGUGCUGAGGUCCCGUCAGCACGAACGGGGAACCAGCCAGGAACGACGUUAUAAACGUAGUCAUCGGCGAUCGCCUAGUAGCGGUAGACAGCAUGGGCAUCGCGAUCGUGAUCGUGAUCGUGCUCACUUAGCGCAUCCCACAUCGUCCCGUCGUACGCGCCUACAUCGUCAUCACGAAUCAUCGUCGCCUAGCCAGGAGCGGCAUCGUCAUCGAUCGCCGUCCACCAGGAGUCAGAGCCCACGACCGCCCUCCGUCGAGGACGACGAAGACGGCCACCUUGUAUACCAAUCCGGCGAUCUCCUGGCCAAUAGAUAUAAAGUACUGGCCACCCUAGGAGAGGGUACUUUUGGAAAAGUUGUCAAGGUUAAGGACUUGCAAAUGGAUCAUGUGAUGGCUCUGAAGAUUAUUAAAAACGUGGAAAAGUACAGGGAAGCAGCAAAGCUGGAAAUAAAUGCUCUUGAAAAGAUCGCUAAUAAGGACCCAGAAGGCCAGCAUCUAUGCGUAAAGAUGCUCGAUUGGUUCAAUUAUCAUGGACACAUGUGUAUCGCUUUCGAAAUGCUCGGUCUGAGUGUUUUCGACUUCCUGAGGGAUAACAGUUAUCAGCCAUAUCCGUUGGAACAUGUUAGACACAUGGGCUAUCAACUUUGUUAUGCUGUUAAGUUUUUACACGAUAACAAGCUCACGCACACGGAUCUUAAACCGGAGAACAUCUUAUUCGUAGAUUCGGAAUACGAUAGCACAUAUAAUAACAAAAAGCGGAGAGAUAUGAGACGCGUGAAGCGAACCGACAUAAAACUUAUCGACUUUGGUAGUGCUACUUUCGAUCACGAACAUCAUAGUACAAUCGUUAGCACAAGACAUUAUAGAGCACCUGAAGUGAUUUUAGAAUUGGGCUGGUCUCAACCCUGCGAUGUUUGGUCCAUCGGUUGCAUCUUGUUCGAGUUAUACUUGGGCAUCACGUUAUUCCAAACACAUGAUAAUCGCGAGCACCUGGCGAUGAUGGAACGUAUACUUGGCACGAUACCACAUCGCAUGGCUCGUAAAACUAAGACCAAGUACUUCUACCAUGGCAAACUGGAUUGGGAUGACAAGAGUUCGGCCGGUAGAUACGUACGAGAUAAUUGCAAGCCAUUACAUCGUUAUAUGCUGUCUGAUGAUGAAGAACAUCGUCAGCUGUUCGAUCUGGUUCAACGAAUGUUGGAAUACGAGCCCUCGCAACGUAUUACUCUGAAGGAUGCGUUGACUCAUCCGUUCUUCGACGCUUUACCAGCAUCCCAGAGAUUGCCUGACCCGCGAGCAGCUGGUGAUUCUCAACAAUCUCACGAACGAUCACAUUCACUCUCUCGAUGAAGCUAGGAACGGGACCGAUCUCCGUGCUGGACAGACACUCCACUUUCAACGACACUAUUGCCCUAUGUCUUUGUUCUAAUAUCAUUAAUUUUUAUGAAAACAUGUCUCUCGUAACUACGAAAUUCGAUGAUGUGAUGAUGCGAACGUUGAUUUUGAAAAAUAGUGCGUGUAUGUGUGUAUAAAUACUGAUCAUUGGAAUUCCUCAUUUCAUCUGCACUUAACACUGAUUUAAUUUGGAACUAUAUAUAGGAACUAUACGUAGAGAAAGCAGUAGUGCGGUGGUGCCGUGGAACUUGGACUAAUUCGAUUAUAUCUAACGACGAGCGAUCAGAUUAUUACCCGAUAAGCUCUCGGGUAGUCCGCGUUUGUUUUUAUCGCAAUUGUCUAUCAUGAGACAAACGAUAAGGUCCCUGUUACUGGCGCGCAAAGGCCAGUGUGUCUGCUCAGUGUAGCGUAACAGAGUCCCACGAUUGUAAACAAUUUUUUAAAUGCUCUUCUGUACAUUUUUUGUCCCUUAAAUUUAUUACAAUGUUACUAUACAAUAUAAAUGAAUUUGGAAUAAAGAUAGGUCACUUUCGGGGUCAACAGUUCAUAAUCUGUUUUGAAUUGACGACCACGAAUGUGUUCUGACAGUAAGUAUCGGACUAGAAAAAAUAAAGUGGAUAGUUUUACUCAUACACGUCAAUAGAGUUGACAGAAAUUGAGAGAAAGCGAUCGAACGCAAGCGAGAGAAAAUGUGUGAAUAACAAUCACCACAAUUCAUCGUUGUGAAUUAUAUACAUCUUGAAAUGUAAGAAUAUAUAAUUGUCUUAGAAAAUAUUCUCUCAAAUAAUUCUUUUAUUCAUUUCUGAUAAAUUCAUCAUACAAAAUGACGUAAGUUGAAUAAGCAUAGCAUAAAGCCGCUGGACUAAUAUUUAAUGAAUAUCAUAACUCUUAUGUAAAUCAAUAUGGCGUCUUUAUGCCGAAUGCUUAUUGGUCUGGCGGCAUUGUGCUAUGUUUAUACAGCUUAUAUCAUUUUGUGUGUGAUGGGCUAUACAUUGAAUUCGGGAAAAGAAUUUGCAAACUUUUUCGCGAUGUACAUGCCGACUUAGCAUCGCCUUGUAAAUUCUUGGCCUAAUUAAGUAAUAUUUUUUGUCGAUUAUUGUCUUGUAAAGAUUUAAAUUAAAUUAAUGAUGUAUAUUGAAUAUUGCGAAAAAUGAUCAAACAUGAACAAGCAAUUUUCACUUUUUUUGUCACAGACUUUUCAUUUGCACAACUGUCAUCCGUAUAAGUUUUGUUUGAUCUUAGUUAUACUAAGUCUACGAAAUGAAUAUUAUAGCUACUGCUCGUCAAACACG